GCUAUUUUCUCCUUAUUUGAUGUACCUGUUUUCAUAAUGAUUGACUUCAGCUAUCCAUGUUUCGGAGUUUUAUCAGUAUUAGUGAUAUAAAGUCACAAAGUCUUGUAAUUUGGCAGAUAUACCCACUUUUUUCAACCACCUGUUCAUUUCCGCAUUUAACAUUCGCGCAUGCGCAGUACUGCACUUAAAAAACGGUCAUGGAAAAUUUUGAAUUUGAAAAUAUCGGUUCAAAACCAACCUUGCUGCAUCCCUUAGGCUCAAAAACAAGCCAGUACGCGUCUGAGGUAAAGAAUGAAUCUUGACAAUCUCACCUCGUUUUCUGAUGAAAAUUCUGUACCUAAUUUCAAAGUGCCGAAACUUGCGAAAUCUCCCAUAUUAGGCGAGCGAUCUAUUCUCAAACCAUUGAAUAAAGAGAACAUUAAUGACAGUCUGAUUCUGUUUACGCCAGAACCAACUAAAUCCAAGCAUAAAUCAAAGGUCACCUUCCAGACACCAAGUAGUCAGAGACCAAAACCAAUUAAACCAACUCCAGAAUCCCUCCCACCUCAAAUACCGCAUCAACCAGUGCAGAUACCCCAUCAACCACCUCAAGUUCCACAUCAACAAAGUCCCUAUGACCACAUCAAAGAGCUUGAUGAAGAAGAAAAUUGGAUAGAGAGGACAUCUGUACUAACCAAAGAAGACCAUACUGAUUAUCUACAAAUUGCUGGUGAUAUCCUGUCUGAUCUCAUUAGCCAAAUUCCUAUAAGAGAGGAGUCAGAAGAAGACGAGUGUUUUGGUACUCCACCUGAGAGCAACAUCACCAUCCCUACGGAGUUCACUACACCCCCUGAGAAGAAACCAAUCCAUACAGCUGACACUAAGGAGCCUACCCCUCCUGAACUACAGAUUCUUCAAGAGCCUAUUCUUGAUUCCCAACCUCCCAAAGAAUCUUCUCUUGAUACUGAAGAACCUCAAGAACCAAUCCUUGUAUCUGAAGAACCCAAAGAAUCUACUGUAAAUCUUGAAGGAUUCCAAGAGCUUUCCAAAAAGGACAAACCUACUGAACUUCAGCCAAGUGAGCUUGGGUCUAAAUCUCCUAGCCAGGAACCAGUAUUACCCAUUCCAGCUGUUGAAGACACUGUCCAGGAACCAAUACUCAAAGACACCCCUAUUGAAGACCCACAGCUUGAGGUCCCUGACGCACCCAAAGAGCAGCAUACAGAAAAGGAACAAGACCUUCAGUUUGCGCUUACUGAUAUAGACUCUGUUGAAUCUGAAGCUAUUCCUGAUCUUAAUAACACAGCUAGUGAUGCAGAGGUAGUGAGUGCACCAAUGCCGAUCCCAGAUAAUAACAAGAUGGCUGAGGAAAAUGAUGAUGAUAUGCUCCCAACACCUCCAAGAGGGGCAUACAACUUCAACUUUGAUGACUUUGAUGAAAAUAGUGACCCAUUCGGAUCUAAGAUCAAAAUGUCAAACUCGCCUCCACUUAAGUCGAAGGCUAUUCCUCAAAACAUUGAUGACAUUAACCCGUUUCAAUCUAAGAAAUCUUUAGCUAAUUCCCCACCCUCUGCCGAUCCCUUCAAAUCAUCAAAGGCUUUAGCCAAUUCCCCACCAACAUCUGCUCCUAUAAAGACCCCGAGUAAAGACACUGAUGCAAAUGACAAUUUCGAUGAUAUUGACCCAUUUCAGUCGAAGAAGUCUUUGGCUAAUUCUCCACCCUCUGCCGAUCCAUUUAAAUCCUCUAAAGCUUUAGCCAAUUCUCCACCAACAUCUACACAUAUGGAUGCUAAUGAUAAUUUCAAUGACAUUGACCCAUUUAAAGUGAAGAAUUCCCUUGCUAAUUCACCUCCAUCUGGGUCUCCCAUAAUGAGCCUUAACAAGGACAUUGACUCCAAUGAUAAUACACUGCUCAACACUGGGGACAGCAAUGUUGACACAACUUUGGCUUGGGAUGAUAAAAAGGAGGAAGCACUAAAACAAGAGGAGAAAAAGGCUCCUGUGAAGAAAACUCCAAAAAAGAAGGGUGCGUCAGUCAAGAAGCCAAUCAAGAAGUUUAAACCUCCACCACGACCAGCUAACCAGGGGGAUGGAGAUGAGAUUCAAAUAUUUGCUCCACCUCCCAAGAAUACACAAUCCAGUCCUGAGGAACCACCUACCCCUACACCAACCAAUCAGGGUACAGAGAAUGCAUUCAAUCUGGAGCAAUCGGCAAAUCAGAAGGCAGAAAAACCAGUUGCUAUGGAUAUUUCUUCAGAAUCCGUCAGUCAGAAAGCACAAACUCCGCCCCUCCCAAAUCCCGCAAAUAUCAAAGAAGAAUUGGUGACACCAGAGAGUAGUGCUAUACCGAAUGAUUUUCAGGAUGAGUUCGAUAACGAGGAGUUCAAGCCUGCAACUGAAGUCUUCAACAACACACAAGCAUGGGAUAUGUUAGAGAAUCAGGGUACAUCUAAAGAGUUCCAAGAAUCCGCACUUGCCCGCCAGUCACUCUACGUGAAGUUUGAUCCGUUGGUUGGCGGUAAAAGUCCAGCUGCUGGUACACAAGGGCCUACUGGCAUCCCUCCAGCUGUACAGAGAGCUGUCAACAGUGAUGACCUGAUACAGAUGCAGACACCCCCUACGGCUGCUGCCAAAAAGCACCCUGCAUCUCGUAUUCUCGGAAAACAUUUAGAAGAGCCUACUGAAAGAAAAUCUGUGGAUGAUAUAUUUGCCUUUAGUCCUCCGCCUCAAGAUCAGUCUAACCAAUCAGGAAUCAGUUCCAGUAGGCCUGAAAGUACCGAACCAAUCAUGACGAGCAUAGAAGGAGAGGAAAUCGUCCAGGUGGCACAAUAUUCGCAAACCGAUCUUUCAAAGCUGCGUCAAGAGUUGGAAUUGGAUUAUCAGGCGAGACUGCUAGCCCGAGAUCGCGACUGGGACAGGAAGUACAGCAAGCUGGAGGAGCAGAACAAGAAGAAAAGUCGAGAAUUAGAAAAAAUGCAGGAAGCAAAUGACAACAUGAAGUCAAUAGUUGCAGAGUAUGAACGUACAGUAACCAUGGUGAUACAUGAGAAGGAACAAGCCACAGUGAGCAACACAGAUACCUUGCAGGAUGUCACCAUACAACGAGAUCAGGCUUUGGAAGAUUUGAAAAGCGUAGAAAGUGCAUUCUCAGAUUUGCAUAGAAGAUAUGAGAAAUCUAAACUCGCAGUUGAAGGAUUUAAAAAAAACGAAGAGGUGCUUAAGAAAACUAUAGCUGACUUUGCAGAGAGACUUAAACGUCAAGAACAGAGAUAUGAAACGUUGAAGCAACACGCUGAAGAAAAAUUAGAAGCUGCCAAUGAUAAGAUAAGUGAGGUGAGAAAGUCCACUCAUGCAGAGAAUAUUCGUCUAGGAGCAGCCCUGAAAAAAGCUGAACUUCAAGUACAGAGUACAGAUUCCCAGCUGAAACAAAAGACUCAGGAGUGUGCAGAGUUGACUGCCAUCUGUGAUGAACUCAUUAACAAAGUUGGAGAUUCGUAGCAUAUGCAGCAAAUAGAACCAUUUUAUGUACAAGAUACAAACCCAUAGUUCACGAAUGUUUAAUUCAAAUGCUAUCUAGCUUGGGAUUAGCGGUGCUAGAAUGAUCUCAAAAUCGGAAACUGGAAAAUACAGUUGAUAUAUGAAACCUUGUGUUCGAUCUCCGAAUGAAAUGA